AUGAAGCCAAGGAUCAUCGUGAUGGGUCCCGACUCCGCAGCCUCUGCCGGCAACGUCGCCAUCUGCAACCAAUUGCUUCGCCACGGCGCCAACCCAUGCCUGCGGGCAUCAGGCACCAAAGCUGCCCAACUGGCAGAGGCCAACGGCUACAACGAGCUUGCUGAGAUGCUGGCGAGUGCGGAGAAGGAGUGGAUGGAGUGGUCCUUUGUCCAUCCUAUGGAAGCAGCAGCGAGUGUGCAGGAUUGCUCGCCUCCAAGGAAGGUUAAUGGCCAGGCCAUCGUAUUAAGAGAAUCAGAAACUGAGGGCUACGAAGUCCUUUUGCAGCUGAGAUCAAAGGCCAUGAAAGCUAUGCCAGGAUAUCUUGGAGCCCUCGGAGGCUGCAGAGACUUGACAGACAAGGACAGUCGCGAGACGGCUAAACGGGAAGUGCAGGAAGAGUGUGGCUUACAACAGUCCAGCAUCCUCAUGGAGCCCACAAAGUUUGCGGAGGGAGCCAAGUGUGACUGGUUUGUCAUGCUGGUACGCAGAGAUGCGAAGUUCCAGAAAGCAAAAAGCCGUGCUGAAUGUGGAGACAUGACGACAAUACUUGCCCUUCUGCCACCUUCUGCUCAGAAGGCUGACUGCUAUGGCCACGCAUGGGUGCCGACCGAGCACCUGUCCCAGAUCGAUCAAAAACAGCCAUUGAUGGGUGGUCUUGUGGACCGCAUCCGAUCAGCGGUUCUCAAGCUCAAGGCACCAGACCCAUCUCAUCCGGAAGAUCCGCCGGCUGACCUUCUAUGCGACGACGUCGACAUGGUUGACAUACCGCCCGAGGCAGGGCCAGUGGAGGUGGCAUGCCAGACCUUGCAGCGUCCUGGUGCCCUUCCUCCCAUGGCAUGGGUUCGCGGAGUUCGAGAUCCAGACAGCGCUUGUCUGAAAGAAUGCUAUGGUGUGGAGGCGUGGGACUGUUCAGAGCGCACUGGCGCCAGCUCCCAAGCCGAGGUUCCGACGGCCGCUUAUCGCUGCCGACUGUGGGCAGGCACUGGCCCUUUCAGUGCUACUUCUGAGCUGGGUAGGCUGGAGCAGCCACAGCUGGUGCGCUUCGGCCUGUCUGGCCGGACUGGCACUGGCCGCAUUUCUGGUAACACCAGUCAGAAAGCUCGUUACGACCAACCUGCUUGGCCCUUGGUGCCUGGCCCCUUGUACAGUGCGACAGUGAGAAUGCAGCGUGCAGCUUUCGCACAGGCGGCCCGCGAUGGCGACUUAGAGGUUGUCCUCAGACUGCUCUACACAAACCCAUUCAUCGGGGCGCAGGAGUUGUGCGACUCUCUCUGGGAGGCAGCCCUGAACAGCCAAACCGAGGUCGUGCGGAGUCUUCUGGAGUUCCGUGUGGACCCAGCAUGCAAGCCGUCUUCCAGCAUCAGCAGACCGCCGGACCCUUUGAGGUAUCCGCAGUGGACUCCUCUCGUGGCCCUGGCCGCGAGUGGAAGUGUGGAUCGUGCUCAGGUGGUGGCAGAGCUACUGUCAGCCCAGACAUCGUCUGCAGAGCUUGCCGACGAGACCGUUGCGCAGCACUUUGUCAAGGCUCGCGACGCACAUCCAGCUUGCCCUCAGUCAGAUUUUCGUGGGCGGCAAGCGACCGUUCCCGCAAGUGCCGACGGCUUCAGCGGAGCAGCUUUGACCAAGGCCCUUGCCGCGCUGCAUCCCAACGAAAUGGAGUCCUAUUUGGAAGAUCUUCGACCGGAGGCGGAAUGGGUGUCGUUGUCGUCGUGGUGGUUUGAGUUUUGCUUGUAG